AUGAAUUCGCGUCCUCCCCCGAAAGCUACGGUGGCGGGCAAAUUGGAUGCUCUUCUGGCUCCCAUGCGGAUGAAACCUGAGCAGUUCCCCUCGUCAGGUCAAGAUGUCUUGGCAUACAUGGCGGGCAACACCACAACUCAAAUGAAUCCCUCUCACGCUACGACAAUGGCGACGGGGCCGAGUUCGUCGUCCCCGUACUGGUCUGGAGGUGGCCGUAACCGACCGACUAUGGCCACUGGGAAUGCGGAGAUGGCGAUGGAAAUGACCCAGUGGCUCACAUCGCCCCUCGAGCUCCUGGAGGAAAUCAACUCGUGGUGCUUAAGAUUUGUGCGGAUCUCGACGAGGCAACGACGCAGUCAGGCCGUGUGGUGUGUGGUCGUUGUCAAAGGAGUGGGCAUGGACGUGACGCCUGCCCGUACGCAAGAUGAAGUGCACGGGGUCCAACACGCUGAAGGAAGUUACCCGGACAUUGUCGUACCUCCUGAAAAGACUUCUGUGAGACAAGACGAGACGGCUACGUUGGUUGAUACGCGACGCGGCGAACAAAGAAAGAGGAAGAAGGCGUCGAAGCGCAUACAGGUGCCGCGUGGCGGGCCCGCGGGUCGACCUGUGGCAAGUGAUAAUCCGGUCAUCCGGCCGGACGGUGAAGAGAUUGUGCGGGGUGGCGAAGUGAACGACGCCUCAGUUGAAGAAGAACAAAGAACAAACGGACGACCCGAACAGUUGGUUCGUGGCGUGGAUCUGGCGGGGUUGCCAGAUCGGACACGAAAUACGGAGUCGGUGGAGUUGAUGGUUCCCCGUGAAGACUCUCGAAUGGGUCGAGAAGAGACGCGUAUGGACGGCGUCGGAGGCUUGCCGGUGGGCAAAGUGACGAGAGGUGAAGAAUCGAAGGUGGCAUCGAUUCAAGACGGUACGGACGGCGACGAACGCCGUUCUACGAAAGUGCAGACGUGUGAGGACUCGACAGUGGUGUCGGGUGUGGAGCGAAGUGAAGACCUGGUGGAAUGUCCUCGGUCGAUGGAGAAGUUGUGCGAGAAGACUCGACGGUAG